AUGCGAUCCCUCAAGAACGCCCGACGGCGGCUCCCUCUCCGCAAUGUCCCCCGCCUUCUCUCCACGACAGCACCGAUCAGCACAUCGCAGACCACCUCAUCAGCCUCAUCAUCGUCUUCAAUCACGCCAAUUACCUCUGUCAUCAUCGCCAACCGAGGCGAGAUUGCCCUGCGCAUCCACCGCACCGCCGCCCGCCUGGGCAUCCGCACCACGACGCUGUACACCGACCCGGACGCCUCCGCGCAGCAUGCCUCGUGCACACCAUACUCGCUCGCCCUCGGCGCGCCCUCCGCCUACCUCGACGGCGACCGCAUCAUUGCCCUGGCCAAGCAACAUGGCAUUCAAGCGCUACACCCUGGCUACGGCUUCCUGAGCGAGAACGCCUCCUUCGCCCGCAAGUGCGAGGACGCAGGUAUUGUCUUUGUGGGCCCGCCCGCGUCGGCCAUGGCGGACAUGGGCGACAAGGCGCGCUCCAAGGAGAUUAUGACGGCUGCAGGAGUGCCGUGUGUUCCCGGGUAUCACGGCGCGGAUCAGGAGCCACAGCAAUUGGCGGCUCAUGCUCAGGAAAUAGAAUAUCCUGUGCUCCUCAAGAGCGUCAAGGGCGGCGGUGGCAAGGGCAUGCGUAUCGUCAAGACGCCCGAUGAGUUCGAAGCGCAGUUGCGCAGUGCCCGGCAGGAAGCCCGAGCAUCCUUUGGCGAGGGCGGUGAGGUUAUGUUAGUAGAGAAGUACGUUGUGCGGCCGCGCCAUGUUGAGGUCCAAGUGUUCGCAGACAAGCACGGAAACUGCGUGGCGCUCGGUGAGCGCGACUGCAGCGUGCAGAGGCGCCAUCAAAAGAUUCUAGAGGAGAGCCCGGCACCGCUGCUGGACGACGAGGUCAGGCACGACCUCUGGGAGAAGGCGCGCAUGGCGGCACUGGCUGUUGGCUACGUGGGCGCCGGCACGGUGGAGUUCAUCCUAGACAAGGACACUGAGAAAUUCUACUUCAUGGAGAUGAACACCCGGCUGCAGGUCGAGCAUCCGGUGAGUGAGAUGGUCACAGGUACCGACCUAGUGGAGUGGCAGUUCCGAGUUGCCGCAGGCGAGAAACUACCCCUGACGCAGAACGAAAUCGAGGAGAGGAUCAAGGAAAGGGGUGCUGCAAUUGAGGCCAGGAUAUAUGCUGAAAAUCCGGAGAAGGGUUUCAUGCCUGACUCAGGCAAGUUAGUACACCUUGCUACACCAAAGACAGAUGAGGACAUCAGGAUAGACGCCGGAUUCGUACAAGGGGACAUCGUAUCCGAGGCAUACGAUGGCAUGAUUGCGAAGUUAAUUGUCAGAGGCAAAGACAGGGAGACGGCUAUAAGGAAAAUGGAGUUGGCAUUACGGGAUUACGAAGUCGUUGGACUGAGCACAAAUAUCGAGUUUCUCAAACGCCUAUGUAGGAGCGAGCCAUUCAUCGAAGGUGACGUCGAGACGGGCUUUAUUGACAAGUUCCGGGAGGACCUCUUCAAGCCUCGUCGGGUUGAAAACGAAGUCUUUGUACAGGCAAGCCUGGGACUGCUCAAUGCAGAGCUGAGAAGGGAAGGCGGACCACAUGGGGGCCCACUAGGCUUCGGAGAGGGUGCCACGGUCGGUGAGAGGAAGUUCGCUUUCAAGGUUGUCGAUGGGUACACGGAGCAAGAGGGCGAGGUGGUCGAGAUUAGCAUCACGCAGAUGGGCAAUCAGCUUUUCAACGCAAGCGUCUCUCGGAAAGGGGAGGAAACACCGCAGGUGUUUGAGAACGUCGUGAGCGAACCCACGGUGUUGUCUGACAAUACCACCAGCCUAUCGAGCUUCUACCCCUUGGAAAGGCUUGACACCAGAAUUGUUCAAGACCCGACAAAUGACAAUAAGGUUACUGUUUUCCAACACGGCGCCAAGACGGAGUUGGCGUUGCUGCCGCCAUCAUGGUACGAGAAAGCGUUGGGACUCAAAGAGGUUACCGCAUCGGUGGUAGCACCUAUGCCGUGUAAGAUUCUGAGGAAUGAGGUAAAGGAGGGAGAGACAGUUGAAAAAGGAACCCCCUUAGUUGUGAUCGAGUCGAUGAAGAUGGAAACAGUCAUCAGAUCUCCUCAGAACGGCGUCAUCAAGAAGUUAGCCCAUAAGGAGGGAGAUAUCUGCAAGGCAGGUACUGUUCUUGUUCUCUUCGAGGAAGAAGGCACCUCUGAGGAGAGCGCCUAA